AUGUCGAAAGUUGUGAGAAGUGUGAAGAAUGUUACAAAGGGGUAUUCAUCAGUCCAAGUAAAAGUCCGAAAUGCUACGAGCAACGAUCCAUGGGGUCCAACCGGAACAGAGAUGGCCGAGAUCGCGGCUCUCACGUUUACCAACCCAACCGACUUCUAUGAGAUAAUGGAUAUGCUGGACAAGCGACUGAAUGAUAAGGGAAAAAACUGGCGCCACGUUCUCAAAUCACUAAAAGUAUUGGAUUAUUGCCUUCACGAGGGGUCAGAGCUGGUCGUUACAUGGGCUAGGAAGAACAUCUAUAUUAUCAAAACUCUUCGUGAGUUUCAAUAUAUUGAUGAGGAUGGCCGUGAUGUCGGCCAGAAUGUCCGAGUCUCUGCGAAAGAGCUUACUGCUUUACUGGUCGAUGAAGACCGCUUACGAAGCGAAAGAUCAGAUAGAAAGCUUUGGAAGUCGCGUGUCAGUGGCCCAGAUGAUGCCCUGCAAGGGAUUGCUGGUGGCAGUGACAUGGGAUACCGUCCGCCUCGUAGACGAGACCGCCAACAGCGAAAUGAAGAAGACGAUGUUGAGUAUCGCCUAGCCAUUGAAGCCUCAAAACACGAAGCUGAAGAGGAUAAAAAACGAAGAGAAAGAAAUGCUCGUUUAGAAGAAGAGGACGACGAACUUGCCAAGGCAAUCAAGCUCAGUAAGGAAGAGGAAGAACUUAGGAGGCGGGAAUUGGAGGAGAGCAAUGCUGCUUCCCUUUUUGAUAGUUCUCUACCGGCCGCGCAACCACAACCAACCGGUUAUAACCAAGGCUACCAGCAGCAAGGAGCGGUGGAUUGGUUUGGGAAUCCCGUCGAUUCCCAGCAACCCAUGACCACCGGAUAUCUUAACAAUCAAUACUCACAACCUACUGGCUUUCAACCCCAACCCACCGGCUACACUAGCGGUUAUCCUAAUGGCUUUCAAACUCAACCAAAUACUUUUGAUCCAUCCCAGUUCUCACAGCAGCAGACUGGUUUCAUGCAAGCACAGCAUACACUCCAACCACAGCAGACUGCUUUCAAUAACAACAACCCUUACGGAAAUGAUAUUUGGGGACAGCAGCAAACACAGCCACAGACACAAAACGGCUUCCUCCAGCCUGGGAGUCAUAAUCCUUGGGCCCAAAAUAAGCCUGCCGAUGCCCUAAAGCCUGCCCCCACUGGCUCUAACAACCCAUUCGCAUCGCCCUUCACCCGUGCACAAGCGCAAAUGCAAACCAGACCACAGCAAACUGGCUCUCCUUCUCUCAAUACCCUCGCUGAGCAGAAAACCGCACAGCCCUCCUUCAACAACCCAAUCCUCAAUUAUCAAGCUCCUCAACAACAAAACCAUCCACCGCCUUCAGAAGACCCGCAACGAGCUCGUCUUAAUGCACUCCUUGCUACUGGCGAUGGCCAGGACACCUUCGGCAACGUUGGUGAUCUUCGUAUCCCAGCCCAACACACUACUCCAGGCGUAUUCGUAAAUUCUGCUGGAUCAGGCCUCGAAACAAUUCGCGGGGCGCAAACAGGUAACAACCCUUUUCUCGGCCAAAACUUUGCCGGCGUUCCACAGCAGACCGUGUUUGCUGGACAACCCAACAGCAAUCCGUUUGGUACCCGACAGGCCCAGCAGGGCGGAAGCUUGAUAGAUCUUUAA